AGGAGGCCGCAAGCCGAAGCAGCGCAUUAACUGACGAUGGCGGAGCAACCGCCGUGGGAAGACCUGCCCGCAUUGUGCUGGGAGGCCGUCCUCCGCCGCUUGGUCUCCGCCGAUGACCUCGAGUCCGUCUCCUCCGUCUGCAAGCGAUUGCUACACAUCUCCAACACCGUCCGCACCAGCCUCUCCAUCACCAACCGACUGACCCCGCGCUGCCUCGGCUCCCUCCUCCGGUGCUUCACGUCCCUCAAGUCCAUCGACCUCAGCUCGUUCCGCGGCGACCCGUCCUCCGUCCUCCUCCACAUCGCCCAGUUCCCGUUGCCCUCGACCGCCUCGACCUCUCCUACCAGGAAUCCCUUCGCUUCGGUGGGUUGCGCGAGAUGGGGUCCAAGUUCGGGGCUUUGAGGGUCUUGGUGCUGUCCCGUAUUAGGUUGCUGGGGGAUGCCAACUUGGUUUCGAUCGCGGAGUGCUUUCCCGCGCUCGAAGAGCUCGACAUUAGCUAUCCGCUGCAGAGUGAUUCGGCUCGGGUCACGGACGACGGUAUCUCGGACCUGUCGCGGAAGCUGCAGAGGCUGUCGCGAAUGAACCUUUCGGGUAAUCGGUCUCUCUCUGAUCAGUCUCUCGUGGUUCUGUCGGUGAAUUGCCCGUCUCUGAAGGAAAUUAAGCUUGGGGGAUGUGGCUCAAUUAUUGGGAGAGGUAUUGCUCCGUUGAUAGUGAACAGGCCUCACUUGGUCUCCUUGGCCCUGAAUUAUACGACACUGGAGGCGAUUUUCCGUGAGGAGUUGGUGGACUCCUUUGGUCACUCCAGGGGUUUUAUUAGUCUGGAUUUCUCGGGCUCGUUUAUCUGGGAUGGGCUGCUGAUGGCUGUUGCGGAGGCAAACAUUCCGCUCAAGAGACUCAUACUUUCGCGCGCCCUAGGGUUUUCCUUCGACGAGAUUCAGAUGAUCAUGCUAUGUCACCAGGAUAUUGAGGUCUUAGAUUUGGAGGCAGUACGUUUCCUCACAGAUGAUGAUAUGAGCGUGAUAUGUGAAGAUCUUCGCAGUCUGACCCACAUUAACAUCUGUCGCUGCUCCAAUCUCACGAUGGCAACAUUGUAUAGCCUCAUGACACAAUGUCCCUUCCUGAAGGCAAUCAAAAUGGGGAAGACAAACCUAAGGGAGGAUGAUGCUAAUGAAACUGAUAUCGUGGUGAAUUCUCAAGUGAGGUAUCUUCACAUACCUUAUAAUGGUAAACUGACUGACGAAUGCCUCAAGAAGAUCAGGCGUAUGUGCCCCAACUUGCAGUAUCUUGAUGUAAGCAAUUGUUCGAAGAUAACUGGGGAUGGCAUUUCGGGUGUGCUGAAGAGCUGCGCUGAAAUCUGUUAUUUGAAGAUCUGUGGUUUGAAAAACAUAAGGAAUCUAUGCAUUGACUUUGAAUCCCACGCUUAGAGGUCUUGCAAGCAGAAGGCUUGAAACUCAACGAAGAGCAACUAGCGGCAUUUAUAAGUAAAUGUUGCCAUCUCAAGAAUCUCAACUUAAUGGACUGUGUGCGUCCGUUGAACGAAGGGCCAGAAAAAGGUGAUGAAGAAUUGCUAUACAUUGAGGGGGAUAAAUGUCCGGAACUACAAUAAUGGACGUGGCGAUUUCCCACUUUUAGAUUGGAAGCUGUCUAUGUGGUCAUCUUUAAGGAGAAUAGUCCCACCUAGCAGAUUAGUUUCAUCCGAAACCCAAGACUUCUUCUUGAAGCAUUGGUUGUCUCGUCAGGGAUGAUUGACUUCAAAGGGACAAUCGACGAGUGUAGAAUGGCACCAGCAAAGGCACCACUAGAUGGGCAUUUCUACAAGGCAUGAAGUUUGGACAUCCACAGAUCCGGCUCAAUAUGUGUUCAGAUAGUUGAUCUUAUGGAAGCAUAUACUCAUUCAAAGUCAAAACAAAUGAAUCGGCAGCUCUAUGGAAGAAAUUCAUUGUUUGCUUGAUUUGGUAGGCACAAUCUUUAGUAAGUUUGGAAUGCUUUGCUGUGUCUUAUAUAUAACAUGGUUUUGGAAUUAUUUUGAAUGUAAGGUCGAUGCUUGAGAUGCGAGCACCUUUUGUGUAUCAUUGUGCAGAUAGCAAAUUUGAAUGUGAUAGUGUUGUGAUAUUGCUUUGGUUGAAUAGUAAAAGUGAUGAAUCUUGUAG